AUGCCCACCGCACACGGCCUCACAGUCAGCGUGGUGACUGCGAAUGGCCACAAGUUUCCAGAAUACGGCCAUCAGAACCUCCGCGGAUCUACCGCCCGAAGCAAGACUGUCAGCAGCAAGAUCCAGGCCAAAGAUGGUCAGACGUUCUGCAUCAUGGUCGAUGUUGUCAAGAAAUCGUCCCCCCACCAUGAGAAAGGGAAACAUGCGCUUACGUCUCUCAGCAAAGAGUCCGGUGGGAUGGGAAGCAGCCGUGGCCGAUACAACCUGAGGUCUUCUCUGAAGCAAGACGGGGUCCGGGCAGAACAGAAGGAGAAGGAUUGUGAGGGCAAAGGCGCGCUGCAGCAGGUUUCGAGCGGAAAGCUUCCUUUCACUUUGGUGGCGUGGGUAUACAUUGACGGAAAUAAGGUGCCGGAAUGCAGCCAGAUCCUGUACACUGAGCCCAACUUGUCGCCUUAUGUCUUAAGAGGACGGUAUACCGCUGCGAGCAAGGGACAGAAGCCUGGUGACAUCCAGCAAGACAUCGUGAUACAAGAAUGGGUCUUCACACCGGUGGGGAUCGAUGUGCUGCUCUCCAAGAUGGACAUCGCCGCGCCAGAUCCAGAGCCUCCUGCAAAUGCAAUCGAGGAGGAACUGGACGAAGUGAUCCAAGGUCUGGCAGAAGUGAACGCAGUCAAGAGACCCAAGUCUGGACAAAUUGAAGUUCGCAUCACCCGUAUCGUCGACUUGGGUCAUGGACCUCGGAGCGACUGGAGUCGCAAAGAACAACAGCGGGCAAAGGAAGACGCUGAAGGGACCCAUACCGUCUCGAUCUGCGAGCCACAACGCACAAUGCGCGUCAAGACGUGUGCAUGGCGCCCGUACGAUGAGACCGAGGAGUAUUAUGCAAAAUUCAUCUUUCAAUACAUGGGCAUUGAAAAACUGGUCAAUCUUGGAUUGUGCACCGCGGAUGGGAAGUCAACGAAGCAGCUACAAUUGGAAGCUCGUGCUAGUCCACUCUCAUCGCUCCCCAAUAGUGCAGGCUCACAGGCAAGUCCACUGAAGAGCUUGAAGGGAUCAAACAAACGCAAGGGUGACAAGGUCGAAUCUAGCGGACGUCCAUGGUCCAGUGAUGAGGAGGGGAAAGAUGGGGGAGACACGUCGUCCAGCGAUGAUAGCGAUCGACCUCGGAAGCGCCACGAGACUGCCCUUAUGAGGCCUAUGCCACGAACAUUGAAGAAACUGAUUGGUUCCCAGAAGAAAAAGGACAGCAGUCUUUCUCUCCUACCGAAUGCUAGACACCAUCAUGCUGGUCAAAGUCGAAUGCAGCUAGUGAUCCGGGCCGGGAGGAAUGGCGGCGGAGCUGAAGAUCAUGGUUCAAAGCUAGAGCUGGUGGAGCCGGGGCAAGGCAAGGACGAUCACGUUCAAGGCAGCGAGCUUGCAUUGGUGGAGGUGGAGGCGGAAAACGGCGGAGAGGACAAGAUCGAGUAG